GUGUCUUGAAGUACCUGCCUAAUGCGGUUAUAGUUCGGCUAAUCAGUUCUUGGUGUCGACCUCCAUUUGAAUGAACCACAAUCUCGCAACCUUGACGCGGUCCCAUGCUGCCAUUGCAGCGAAGAAAAAAGCAAAAAAUGAACAGAUAAAGGAAAUACUGUUUGACGAUGAUGCCCGCCGGGAAUUUUUGACUGGGUUUCACAAGCGCAAAGUCCAAAAAGCAGACGCUGCUCGCAAAAAGGCUACGGAGAGAGCGAAGCAAGAACGACUAGAAACCCGCAGAGAGCAACGCCGUGAACUACGCCAACGGGCGAUCGAUAAUGCUGCGGAAGUCGAGAAAGCGUAUGCUGGCGAUCAGGAGGAAGAUGAGGACGACGAUCAGUGGGCAGGAAUAUCUGAGAAUCUGGUUGAUAAGGGGAAAGGGAAGCUGAUGGAGGAAGAAUACGAGGGCGAAGAUACACUGGCCACAGUUACGGUGGUUGAAGACUUUGACCCGGACACAAUCAUACAUGGCCCCCGCACCGAUGCCGAACCUGUCGCAGUUCCUCCAGAGUAUCCAAGGUCCAAACCAGAAAAGGCUCCAAACCGAACGAAUCCGACGCCGAAAUUAAAACCGAAAAUCAAAUCUCAGAAGAUCCGCUACGAAACCAAAGAUGCCCGGAAACGCGAACGAACCAAGCAGCGUGCUCGACGCACGGAGAAGGCUGAAAGGGCAGGUGGGAAGGCAUCGAAGAAAAGCAAUGGAGGCCGGCAGAUUUCCGCCUCCCUAGCUGCCAUGCACCGGACUGUUGAUGAUUACGACUCCAUGGCCAAACGGGAAAUGAUCAAAGCGAAGCAAGAGAAAGCUCAAAUGCGUGUUCAGAAGUUCAGGACGGACUAUCACGAACUAAGAACCCAGUUCGAGCAGAUCAAAGCCCAAAGUGCCGCAGAGGCCAGUUGUUCCCGCUCUUCAGGCUGA